AUGACCGAAACACGGUAUAAUUACAGUGAGCGUUGGGACAGACUGUUUACUCAAUACGUCUACAGCUUCUAUUGGUCCACCCUGAUAUUGACUACCAUUGGGGAGACUCCCAAGCCGGUGCAGAAUGCGGAGUACAUCUUUAUUACACUGGAUUUCUUGGCUGGAGUGCUCAUAUUCGCCACUGUAGUUGGUAACGUCGGUGCCAUGAUUACGAAUAUGAACGCCGCGAAGACAGAAUUUCAGAGCCGAAUGGACAGAGUUAAACGGUACAUGGAGUUUCGCAAAGUGAACAAGGAACUUGAGAUGAAAGUGAUCCGGUGGUUUGAUUACCUCUGGACCAAUAAACAAUCGCUUGAAGAGGAUUCGUUGAACGCACUGCCAGACAAAUUGAAGGCCGAAAUUGCAAUUAACGUUCAUUUCGACACGUUGCGGCGAGUGAGCAUAUUCAAGGACUGCGACCCUGGUCUCCUAGUGGAGUUGGUUCUCAAACUGCAGUUGCAAGUGUUUUCGCCUGGAGACUACAUCUGUCGAAAGGGAGACAUUGGGAAGGAGAUGUACAUUGUCAAACGCGGAAAACUGAGCGUGGUGUCAGAAGAUGGAAAAACCGUUUUUGUCACCUUGGGGGAGGGAUCUGUAUUUGGAGAAAUUUCCAUUUUAGAUAUUCCCGGUUAG